UCCAACACCAACUGCAAUGUUCUACAUCGUCCCAAACAUGUCGUCAGAUGAUAAAUCAAGAGAGGCAAAUAUAGCCGAAUCAUUUAGAAACGAGUUGAUAUCGCUAAAUAGCUCAAUCAUCGAACAAGUUACCGAUAUAGUGAGCAAAAACGAGCCAGCGUCAGACCUUUGGCCCCAACUUCGAAAGGUGAAUUUUGAUUACAAGGCAAAGAGAUCCAAGAUUCUUGAACCGGAGAAGCCGAAACCUGAGCCAGUUAGUCCACAAGCCAUGGCUAAGCCCAGCCAACAAGACGAUUUUAAGCACAGAAUUCUGGAGGAAGAUGUCUCCAUAGUGUGGCCUUUGUCGCCUCAACUACAGAGUUCAUUGCAGAUUCCCGCUACUGCUGAGAAAGUCACAAUCCAGGGUGAACCGGCAUCAACAUUGCGUUUAGCUUUAGAAGACCUUCUCACACAAGGUAACGUACUCUAUCAGUACUUCCAAAGAGCUGUUGUUCGCAUAUCACCAGACACAGUUGUCAAGAUCAACAAAUCACAAGAUACAACAGAGGUACAUAUACUUGACCACAUUCGCAAACACACGCAAGAACUUCCCGUACCUACGCCCCUUGGCAUGAUCAGAAUCGGAAAAUGGGCUUACACUUUCACAUCCUUCAUCCCAGGAAUCUCUCUUGAUUCUGUCUGGUCAAAUCUCUCGCUAGACAAGAAAUGCCAUGUGCGAGAACAACUCAACCACCAUUUCGCUGAGCUGAGACGACUUCCAAUCCCAUCAGAAGAAGGAUACUUAGGAGGGGGAUUGCCACUUAUAUGUAAAGGCGGCCAUCGCUUCAGGAAGGAAAGCUCAACGCCUAUUGCCAACAAUGCCCAGUUCAACGAUUUCCUCCUUGAUGAUUCCUGCAUGGAACAAGCUCGUCUUGACUAUGUCCGUGGUUGUAUGCCAAGCGAUCAUCGUAUCGUGAUGACACACGGCGAUCUAUGUCCACUCAAUAUCCUAGUUGAGAGCGAGGAUGUACUAACCAUCACUGGGAUUGUCGACUGGGAGACUGGAGGGGCAUACCCUGAGUAUUGGGAAUAUGUCAACGCUUUCAGAUCCUCGUUUAUUGAUCGAAGCGAUUGGUGUCUAUAUUUACCCGAGUUUGGUAUAGGGAAGUUCUUCGAUGAAUAUGCGAGGGAUCAUGUUAUUGAACGCUUUGCAACUUCAUAGCUGUUUUGUUGGGUCGUUUGCGUUCCAUUAAUAGUGUACCAAUUUUAUACAGCGUCAAGGUACUUGAUUUCAAAU